UUUCCAGUUGCAGAGGAAAACAAAGCCCUAAUCGGACCAAACCCUAGGGCUUACCCUAACCGGACUAAACCCAACUUUUCUCCCAAUUUCCAGAAAACCCACAUUUUCACUUUCUUCUUCUUCUUCUCCCCCUCUGUGUUGUUCUUGCUGUUCUCUAUUUCUGUUCACUUUUGAGCUUCUUUUUGCCACAAUGGAGUUGCACGGAGAGAGAGACAUGUGGGUGCGCUCUGUUUUAGAAGCUAUGACGGUGGAGACUAUUUUUGCCGCUGCAAACUCUCUUGCUUCCCUUCUGGCGGCGGCAGGAGCUCUGUUAAAUGAUACCAAUGCUCCACCAGGAUUAGCUACAGUUGAGGAAAGGUUCCCUUUCAAUGAACUUAGCAAAAAGAAGAGCCCUGAUCAGGAAAACAAAGAUGGCAGUGAAACAGAGGACGAUGACGAGGAGGAUGAUGACGAUGAUGCAAAUGACCAGGAUGAUGACGAUGAUGAUGAAGAUUUCUCAGGAGGUGAAGAAGGGGAAGACGGUGAUCCAGAAGAUGACCCUGAAGCAAAUGGUGACGGAAGAGCUGGAGGAGAUGAUGACGACGACGACGACGACGAGGAGAAUGGAGAUGAAGAUGACGAGGAUGAGGAUGAGGAUGAAGAAGAUGAGGAUGAAGAUGACGAGGACGAAACACCUCAGCCACCAGCUAAGAAGAGGAAGUGAAAAUGUUGACUGGUUCUCCACAGUGUCUUCCGCAGUUUGAAGUUUGGAGUAGUGAGGGAAAUUUAGCUAGUGUUAGCCUUGGCUUUAGGGGUAGGAACAUUGUCGGCCUUGUUGGUAAUGAACUUCUCUCUUCUUAUGUUUAUGAUGUUGUGGAUCCAUAUUAUAUAUAACAAUUUCUUUUGCUAAAAUAGUUGCUA